UGAGCGAGCAAGUCGUUUUUUUUUUAUUUUUUUUUUUUCCUGCUUUGUAAUUGCGCGUCCGUCCUUUCAUUCGUUCGUUCGCGCGGCACUCCUAAGACAUGAAUACUCGGUACAAAUUGUACAACACGCUGGCCGGAACACCGACGACGGCGGCGAUGAUGACGAGGUAGACGAUGGUGGCGAAAACCCUCUCGGUCGGGGUCAUCACCGUCAUCCCACACUCCGCGGCCAGCUUGGAGAGGAGGGAGCCGAGGUAGCUCUUGGAUGGCACCUGGCGACGGGGGACGUCAUCGUACGUCUUGGAGAGAUCCGGGGGAGGGUCCUUCCGCCCGACGCCGUUGUCAGCCACAGCCGAGGGCGAGGUGCUCAUCCGCCGCAGGUAUUCACUCAGAAGCAGGUCCGACUCUCUUCUUUUUCUCCCCUUUUUUGCUUUGUUUCUUUUUCUUUUUGCUUGCUUGCCUCCGUUUGCCUGCCUGCUCGAGAGGGGAGGAGGUGGAAGCGCGGGGGUCGUGGGUCUGCAGGAGGUUUCUUUGCGGACAAGAUAUCCCAAGCCUUACGUUGCCUACCAGACAACGAGCAGAAUGAAAAGGAAGGCGCCUGUGGCGGCUUCCCUCACGUCGCCCAUGCCCGACUCAAGGCGCUCAUGCCAGCGGCCAGUGGCGAACUCAAGGCAAACACGCACGAACCACAGUUGCCAAAAAGCACCGACGGGGCGGAGAGACUUGACAACGGCCGCGUUUAA